AUGCAGUUCUCAAAGGUUCUCUGCGUCCUCUUCCCGGUUGCCGUCCUGGCGGCGCCGUUCAAGACCUUCGAGGUCCCGACGCUAGAUCCCAACACGGUUGCACCGGUGGUUCCCGCUAUCGACCGCCGUGUUCCUCAGGCGGACACUUGUGACGAGUAA